UGCUCCAAGUCACCAUCGUGACUUCCGCGUGGGGUGUAUAAUCGUCGCUUGGAGAAGGAGGGAAUGAGAACCCCUUUGGAUAUCUCGACUAGCUCUUUUCCUUUGGAAAAAUCAAUCGCCCGAAAAGAAGCUGUUCUUUCCGUUGCACGGGCGAUAUCCACCUUUCCGUUCGAUUCCAUUGUUACACUACCGUUACCCGACCGGACCUUCAUCCGGAUGAAAGGCGGGUGCUUCGAUCUUAAAACUUAGUUUCUCCUAUAGCCGACCACCUGUGGUGCUACUACUCCCUCCUUAUUUCCUAUCACCUUGACUGCCUUGGCUAUCUGACCCGACUCGGCUUUUGUAGGAAACAUACACCAUAACCAACUUUGACUUGAGAAGACACCAUGUGUGCGUGUUCUUCGCGUACAGAUGAGCCCCGAAGAAGAGGAAGCAAGGGCUUCAACCAGAGCCCUAACCCACUAUCAGCCGAUCUGACGACAAAUCAAGACUUGAACGGCAUCGCCAAUCAGAGGGAAACCCGAGUUGGUAGUAGCACAGGAGUCUCGUUUCAAGAUGGUGUCGGUGAUGAUGGUGGAGGGUUGCCUCGGCCAGAUCGAGAUCGACCACCCGGCGAUAUCAAGGCACACUCAUCACCAGUCUCGUCACCAAACACUCAGCCAAGCCAGUCUCCAUCUACCACCAGCGUCAACCAAGGAAAAAGCCGUCUAGAACGAAUCAAGCAUGCCCUCAUUACUUUUGGCCGGUUUGUGGGUCCGGGGGUCAUGAUCUCGGUGGCAUACAUCGAUCCGGGUAACUAUGCCACCGAUAUUGCGGCUGGAGCAUCUUAUCGCUUCCAGUUACUCUUCAUCGUCCUCUUGAGUAACCUAUUCGCUAUUCUUCUGCAAAGUCUGGCUAUCAAGCUCGGCACCGUCACCGGCUUGGACCUCUCGUCAGCAUGCAGAGCCUUCCUCCCACGAUGGCUGAACUACUCCGUGUACGCUUUGGCUGAGAUUGCCAUUAUCGCAACCGACAUUGCAGAGGUCAUCGGCACCGCCAUUGCCUUCAACCUCUUGUCUCCCAAGAUCCCACUUGUAGCAGGAUGUGCUCUCUCCAUCAUCGAUGUCAUGCUCAUCCUCAUCUUCUACAACCCAACUGGCCACAUGAAAGGCCUGCGCAUCUUUGAGUUCGGCGUCUGCAUUCUGGUCAUGGGCGUAGUGGCUUGUUUCUGCAUCCAACUCUCCAUGAUCUCCAACACCAGCGUUGGCCAAGUAUUCAAGGGCUACCUACCUUCAGGCGCCGUGAUCGAGCAGCAGGGCCUCUACCAAGCCUGCGGCAUCCUCGGUGCAACCGUCAUGCCACACAGUCUCUUCCUCGGCUCUGGCAUCGUCCAACCUCGUCUCCGUGCCUACGACGAACAACGCGGUCUUCUCCCGGCCGAACCUGUCUCGGCCAACUCGUCCAUCGCCAACAGUAUAGACGCCGACAAAAUCCACUACAUCCCCUCGCACGCAGCCAUCAAGCACUCGCUCAAGUACUCCAUUGCCGAGCUCGCCCUUUCCUUGUUUACCUUUGCCCUCUUUGUCAACUCGGCCAUCCUCAUCGUCGCCGGCGCUUCCUUGUACCACAACCCCACCGCCAUCGACGCUGACAUCUUCGCCAUCCACUCUUUGCUUUCGUCAUCCAUCUCCCCCGCAGCAGGAACCAUCUUCGCCCUCGCCCUUCUUUUGUCCGGCAUCUCGGCAGGCGUAGUCUGCACCAUCGCGGGGCAGAUGGUCAGUGAAGGAGCGCUGCGGUGGAAGAUGCGGCCUUGGCUUCGCAGGCUCGUCACAAGGUCGAUAAGCAUCACACCCUCCAUCAUCAUUGCUGCCGUCGUAGGAAAAGAGGGAUUGAAUGCCGCAUUGCAGGGGAGCCAGGUGGCUUUGAGCGUGGUGUUACCGUUUGUCACGGCGCCGCUGAUUUGGUUUACGAGCAGGGAGCGGUAUAUGAUGGUUAUGCCGGGAGGGGCGAGGUAUCAGGUGGAAGGGGAGGAGGAGGAUGAGAGGCCCUUGUUUUCGGCGAGGAGGGGAUGGAUGGGAAGGGGAAACGGUGGUGGGGAGGGAGGAGUGAACAUGGCGAAUUCGUGGUUGACUACGAUUGUGGCCGGACUGGUUUGGGGGCUGAUUGCUGUGAUGAAUGUAGCGAAUUUGGUGUUGCUUGGGAAGGGGAAUAGCUAGUUUGAAGGGUGGUUGUGUUAAGUUUGGCAAACGAAACAAUACAGAGGAGCUGAAAGGAUGAAAGGCAAAGGCCACAGCAUUUUUACUAAAGGUCAAUGAGCAUUGAGG